AUGGCGGCUCCUUAUCCAUCAGCCUGCAACCGACUAGUUUGGCUCUGCUUUCUCCUGGGAGCCCUGUGGGAAAUCGGGGCAGAGCAGAUCCGCUACACUGUGCCAGAGGAGCUGGAAGAGGGCUCUGCGGUGGGCAACAUCGCCAAAGACCUGGGUCUGGAGCCCCGGAAGCUGGCGGAGCGCCGAGUCCGCAUCGUGUCCAGAGGUAAGACUCAGCUCUUUGCUCUGAACCCGCUCAGUGGCAGCUUGGUUACCGCGGGCAGGAUAGACCGGGAGGAGCUCUGUGACAGAUCCGCAAACUGUGUGGCUAACUUAGAGAUUCUCCUAGAAGACAAAGUGAAGAUUUUUGGAAUAGAAGUGGAAAUAAUCGAUAUUAAUGAUAAUUCGCCCAGCUUUGGAACAGAGCAGAGGGAAAUAAAAAUUGUUGAAAAUGAAAAUCCCGGUACAAGAUUUCCACUCCCUGAAGCUUUUGAUCCGGAUAUAGGGGUGAAUUCCCUGCAGGGUUACCAGCUCAGCUCGAAUGCUCACUUCUCUCUGGACGUGCAAAGCGGGGCUGAUGGGAUCAAGUAUCCGGAGCUGGUGCUAGAACGAGCCCUCGAUCGUGAGGAAGAGGCGGUUCACCACCUGGUUCUCACUGCCUAUGAUGGAGGCGACCCAAUUCGCUCCAGCACUGCCAGGAUUCACAUAACACUCAUGGACACCAAUGAUAAUGCUCCAGUGUUCACUCAACCGGAGUACCACGUGAAUGUUCAGGAGAAUCUGCCCGUGGGCACUCAGCUGCUCACCAUAAAAGCCACUGAUCCAGAUGAAGGGUCCAAUGGAGAAGUGACAUAUUCUUUCCGGAAAGCAAGAGACAAAGUAGCUCAGCUGUUCCAGUUGAAUGCUGUCAGUGGGGACAUAACACUUUUAGGGGAUCUGGAUUAUGAGGAGUCUGGAUUCUACAACAUCGAUGUAGAAGCCCACGAUGGACCUGGUCUUCGAGCCAGAAGUAAGGUGCUAGUGACAGUUCUGGAUGUAAAUGACAAUGCUCCGGAAGUCACAGUUACAUCUCUCACCAGCUCUAUCCAAGAGACUUCUUCCCCAGGUACGGUAAUUGCUCUUUUCAAUGUGCAUGACAGUGACUCAGGAGAGAAUGGUCUUGUCACUUGUUCUAUUCCCGAUAAUCUUCCAUUUAGGCUUGAGAAGACCUAUGGGAAUUAUUACCGAUUGUUGAUACACAGCACUCUAGACAGAGAGGAAGUCUCAGAAUAUGACAUCAUGGUAACUGCCACUGACCAGGGAGCACCUCCACUGUCUACAGAGGUCCAUAUUUCAUUGCAAGUGAUGGACAUCAAUGACAACCCACCCACCUUCACUCAUGCCACCUAUUCUGCCUACAUUCCAGAGAAUAACCCUCGAGGAGCUUCUAUCUUGUGUAUGACAGCCCAGGACCCUGACAGCGGUGAGAAUGCCCAAGUAACCUACUCUCUGACAGAGGACACCAUCCAAGGGGCACCUCUGUCCUCCUACAUCUCCAUCAACUCCAACACGGGUGUCCUGUAUGCACUUCGUUCCUUUGAUUAUGAGCAGUUCCAAGACUUGCAGCUGCUAGUGAUCGCCAGGGACGGUGGAAACCCUCCACUCAGCAGCAAUGUGUCGCUGAGCCUGUUUGUGCUGGACCAGAAUGAUAACACACCUGAGAUCCUCUACCCCACCUUCCCCACCGAUGGUUCCACAGGUGUAGAGCUGACACCUCGCUCUGCAGAGCCCGGAUACCUGGUCACCAAGGUGGUGGCAGUAGACAGAGACUCAGGACAGAAUGCCUGGCUGUCCUACCGCCUGCUCAAGGCUAGCGAGCCAGGACUCUUCACGGUGGGGCUGCACACAGGUGAGGUGCGCACAGCCAGGGCCCUUGUGGACAGAGAUGCGCUCAAGCAGAGCCUGGUGGUGGCUGUGCAGGACCAUGGUCAGCCCCCACUCUCGGCCACUGUCACACUCACCAUUGCGGUGGCUGACAGCAUCCCUGAUGUUCUGGCAGAUUUGAGCAGCAUCAGCACUCCCACUGACGCAGACCAUCCAGCCCUCACACUGUACCUGGUGGUGGCAGUGGCGGUGGUCUCUUGUGUCUUCCUUGCUUUUGUCAUCGUGCUGCUGGCACUUAGGCUGCGGCGCUGGCACACAGCUCGUCUGCUUCAAACAGCACAUAGUGGCUUGGCAGGCUUGCCUGCUUCACACUUCAUGGGUGUGGAUGGGGUGCAAGCUUUCCUGCAGACCUAUUCCCAUGAGGUGUCACUGACGGCGGAUUCAGGGAAGAGUCACCUGAUCUUCCCUCAGCCCAACUAUGCAGACACGCUCAUCAGCCAGGAGAGCUGUGCGAAAAGCGAGCCUCUCCUGAUACCUCAGGAUUUACCUCAGUCACAGGGAGACCCCAGUCAUCUUCAGGUACGUUAUCUACAGUUCUAUACAUAUAUCUUAUACAGGGAAACAUAG